CCCGGCUGUCAGAAACUUUCCAUCGUUGUUGGGGGCACGGUUUUCCGGAAAAUUUUCCCAGGAGACGCGUUUUAUUGCCGUGAAAAAUCAAGUAAAACAUCAAGUUUAGAAUUUUUAAUAAGUUGAAAUUGCUCUUCUAAUCGAUACCAAGUGAUUUCCAAGUGCACUGCUCGGUUUGGUGUCAAUGCGUUAGAAAUUUCGGCGAAAGAAGAUAACAUUGUACUAUCGACGACAAAAUGGCUAGUAAACGGAAAGCUGAUGGGCAUAUUCCGGCCGAGGAAAGUGACCUACUUCUGAUCCGACCGCUGGGCGCCGGUCAGGAAGUGGGCCGUUCCUGCAUUAUGCUGGAAUUCAAGGGCAAGAAAAUCAUGCUCGAUUGUGGCAUCCAUCCGGGGCUUUCGGGCAUGGAUGCCCUCCCUUUCGUGGAUCUGAUCGAAGCCGAUGAGGUGGAUCUAUUGUUCAUUUCCCACUUCCAUCUGGACCACUGUGGAGCUCUGCCCUGGUUCCUGCAAAAGACUAGCUUCAAGGGCCGGUGUUUCAUGACACACGCUACAAAAGCCAUUUACCGGUGGAUGUUGUCCGAUUACAUUAAGGUGAGCAACAUAAGCACCGAGCAGAUGUUGUACACCGAGGCCGAUUUGGAGGCCAGCAUGGAGAAGAUCGAAACGAUCAACUUCCACGAAGAGCGGGACGUUAUGGGAGUUCGAUUCUGGGCGUACAAUGCCGGCCAUGUGCUGGGGGCAGCAAUGUUCAUGAUAGAAAUAGCUGGUGUUAAGAUCCUUUAUACGGGAGAUUUCUCCCGGCAGGAGGAUAGGCAUCUGAUGGCUGCCGAAAUUCCGACCAUGAAGCCUGAUGUUCUCAUCACCGAAAGCACUUACGGGACGCACAUUCACGAGAAACGCGAGGAUCGGGAAAGCCGUUUCACUACGCUGGUGCAGAAGAUUGUCCAGCAGGGAGGACGUUGUUUGAUUCCUGUAUUCGCCCUAGGUCGUGCCCAAGAGCUUUUGCUCAUUCUCGACGAGUACUGGAGCCAGAAUCCGGAACUGCAGGAAAUCCCCAUCUACUAUGCGUCGUCGUUGGCCAAAAAGUGUAUGGCCGUUUAUCAAACGUACAUCAAUGCCAUGAACGAUAAGAUUCGGCGGCAGAUUGCCGUCAACAACCCGUUCGUCUUUCGGCACAUCUCGAAUCUGAAGGGAAUCGAUCAUUUCGAAGACAUUGGACCGUGCGUCGUGAUGGCUUCACCAGGUAUGAUGCAAAGCGGCCUGUCCCGGGAGCUGUUCGAGACGUGGUGCACCGACCCGAAGAACGGCGUCAUCAUCGCGGGAUACUGUGUGGAGGGUACCCUGGCCAAAACGAUCCUCUCGGAGCCGGAAGAGAUCACCAGCAUGAACGGGCAAAAGUUGCCCCUGAACAUGUCGGUGGAUUACAUUUCCUUCUCGGCCCACACCGACUACCAGCAAACAAGCGAGUUCAUCAGACUGCUGAAACCAUCGCACGUGGUCCUGGUCCACGGGGAGCAAAACGAAAUGAACCGGUUGAAAUCGGCCCUUCAGAGGGAGUACGAAAACGACCCAAAUGCCAAUAUUACACUGCACAAUCCACGAAAUACCCACGCGGUAGAGCUGUACUUUAGGGGAGAAAAGACUGCCAAGGUGAUGGGCUCGCUGGCCAUCAAGAAUCCCGAAGAGGGUCAGAAGCUGUCCGGGGUGUUGGUAAAGCGGGAUUUCAAGUAUCACCUGCUGGCUGCUUCCGAUCUGUCGAAAUACACCGACAUGAGCAUGUCGGUGGUCACCCAGCGUCAGAGCAUCGCCUGGCAGGGCUCGAUUGCCAGUUUGAAACUGCUGCUGGAUCGGAUAGGUGGUCCCGGAACCGUUUUCCAAGACGCUGCCGAUGGGGAUAAAAAGUUCCGGGUGUUUGACUGUGUGGACGUUUCGUUCGAUGGUAAAAUUGUGAUUAUGGAAUGGCAGGCCACUCCCGUCAAUGACAUGUACGCCGAUACGGUGCUGGCCAGCUUGUUGCAGUCGGAACUCAGCGGCAGCAUGGUGAAAGGAGCUGCCGCAGCCAAACCAGACAAAAUGCAUUUUAAGGAGUGCUUGAUCGAAACCUUGCAGGAUAUGUUCGGGGCCAGUUCGGUGCCGAAACUCUUCAAGGGCGACAGCUUGACGGUUACCGUCCACGGCAGCCAGGCAGAGAUCAAUUUAACUACUUUGGAAGUAACAUGCGAAGGCGAUGAAAUUCUGUACCAGACCGUCAAAACUGCGGUAAACAAGUUGCACCAGAAUCUGGUGCAAGUUUCCUAGAGAGGGCGACGUCUAAUAUUGGAACUGGGUGCGAAAAACUCCCACUUAAGUGCACCCCCCUAGGGAUAUUCUCAAGUAAGAUGCACUUUCCUUACACAAACAAUUGUACAACUGUUUUUUGUCUAUCUUUUCGCUCAGAAUCAUUGCAAACAACCAAUAUACACUAGAAUGGGAAGGAUGCUAUUUUCUUCGGUAUGUUCAA